CUUCUGCCUGCGCUCCAAACCGGUUGCAACUCGGUGCAUCUGAUUAAAAGUGACGAACAUGUCUUCUGAAAUUGAAAAGAAGGAAAUUAAAAAAGAUCGUGUGAAAAUUGGACGUGUGGGUGAUGUCAAACCAGCUGCCCAGCCUGUGAAAACCCAGUAUGAAAAGGACAUGGAGGAGCUGGAGCGACUGAAACAGGAAGUACGCGAAGACAUGAAGAGACACCUGAAAACACCGUUCGUGAAGAGAAACUAUGAUUUCCAUAAGAGUUCCAUCGCUCCUGAGUAUUUCGAGCGCUUCGAGUUGUACAUCUACUCGGCGUGCCUGAUACAUCCUUACCCGCUCUGCUGGAAGAGGCUCCCCGAUGGCAGGGUCACCGUCUUCGUGCGUCCCCACAAUAAGUCAAUACUAUGUGCUAACUCCCCCUAAGUAUUGUAACCCACCCAUGGCAUCCCUUCUUCAAUUCUCCGAAGAUUUGUCACUUUUCUAACAAACUGUCUCCAAGAAACUUCAAUAAAAAACCUUUUUCACAAUUUUU